AUGUCCUACAGCUCCGGAACAGCAACCUCAACUGGCGACGAGCCAUAUUGGCUAGGAAGAGCUUCAGAAGAGCAACAGUGCCUCGUAGAACAACACGGCAUCUACAUCAAUUGCAAACUUCCAGACAACACAAAAAUCGCAGACAUAGCGACCGGAACUGCAAUUCCUCGCACUGGACUCGCUACCUCAAAUGUCAAACCGGCCUUUCUUGACUUCAAGAAACCCAUUCCAGAAGACCUGCGCGGAAAGUUCGAUCUCGUUGACAUUAGACUCAUCAUCUCGUUGGGCUCCAUCUCCUUCUGGGAGUCAGCGUUAAAAAAUAUACUGACGUUUUUAAAGCCUUGUGGGGCGAUUACCUGGACUGAAUGCGACUUCUGGGUUGCGAGGGGGUUUCCUGGAGGCUUCUUCCUCAACACUAGCCCGACUAAGCGCUUCGGAUACAGUUCUCCAGACUUCAAAGACUUGUUUGGAGGCGCGGUGCUAAAGGGUGUGCAUAUGGUUGUCAUUAAUUGGCGUUGGCGCGGUUCUAGGCGGACUGAAGAAUAUGGCUAA